AGUUAUUAUCUAGCAAUUAGUUAAUCCACAAUAGCUGUUGUCAUACUUUGUAACAUAAUAAAAUAAUGCGACAAAAAUGACAUGGAUAAUCUUCUCAAAAAUUUUUAUAUGCAUUUUAUUCACUUCCGGAGUCAAUUCUAAAUAUUUUCCACCAAGUAUCGAUUUUGGUGUUGCAACAUCGGCUUAUCAAAUUGAGGGAGCCUGGAAUGUGGAUGGGAGAGGUGAAAGUAUUUGGGAUAACUUCACGCAUUCAAUACCCUCGCCUAUAGCCAAUGGAGACACAGGUGAUGUCGCUUGUGAUUCAUAUGAUAAGUAUGAAGAAGACGUUAGACUAAUCGCUGCUCUUGGUGUUAAAUAUUACAGAUUUUCAAUUUCUUGGUCAAGAGUUCUCCCGACUGGAUACUCCAAUGACAUAAACCAUAAAGGCCUAGAAUAUUAUAAAAACCUCACGCUACAAAUUAAAAAAUUCGGAAUGAUACCAGUUGUAACACUUUACCAUUGGGAUCUUCCGCAACGUCUUCGUGAGGACGGUAUAGAUUGGAUUAAUAUAGACCUUGUGCAACAUUUCGUAAAUUAUUCCAGAAUUGUUAUUGAACAUCUUCCAGAAGUUGGGAUAUGGUUAACCAUUAACGAACCCAAACAAGUUUGCCAUUAUUCAUAUGGAAAUGGAAGAUUUGCGCCUGGUAUUAAAAGCAGUGGGUUGCUGGAAUACCAGUGUGCGUACGUACUUCUUAAGACUCAUGCAGCAGUUUAUCAUAUGUAUAAAGAAGAAUUUCCAAAUUAUGAAGCAAAAAUGGCCAUAGCACCAGACUGUCAAUGGGUAGAGCCUUUAACCGAUAAACCUGCCGAUGUAGCAGCUGCAUACAGACAACUAGAAUUUUGGUGUGGACUGUAUUACCAACCGAUUUUCUCAGGAGAUUGGCCUUAUGAAGUAAAAACUAGAAUCGCUUUAAGAAGCAUUAUGGAACAUUACAAUCAAUCUCGACUUCCACAAUUCGAUCAACAAGAAAUUGAAUAUAUUCGAGGAACCAGUGAUUUCAUAGCUGUAAAUCAUUAUGUUACAUUGUUGGUAUCAGACGUUGAUGAAGGUCCCGAUGAUGUCACCAGUUUUGAAAACGAUAUGCGCACAAAUUGGACCUUUUAUCCUUCUGUAAAUCAGGGAGCGAAUGGUUUUACCGUAAAUCCAUGGGGCAUUAGAAAAGUUAUAAAUUGGCUACAUGAACAGUAUGGGAAACAAGAUAUUUUAAUUACCGAAGUUGGUAUCAGUGACAACGGUACUUCGUUAAAUGACGAUUUUAGAAUAAGCUUUUACACGGGAAUGUAUUGUAAUAUUUUGGAAGCAGUGGAAACAGAUAAUAUAAAUGUUUUCGGAGUUAUCGCUUGGUCAUAUAUAGAUAAUUUUGAAUGGCUGGAUGGAUACACAAUGCACUUUGGAAUGUAUCAUAUAGAUUUCUCUGAUGCCGAUAGAAGACGAGUACCUAAAAAAUCUGUGGAGUUUUUCCAAAAUUUGACGACCAAAAGAUAUUUGAACUGUGAAGAUGAGUUGUAAAUACAUAUUUGAAAAA